AUCUAUUAACAUGUGUCCACGCAGAAGUUGUACUCUAAAUGUAAUAGAGACUUCAAAAAGUUCAGGAUGAUUCCAAACUUUUUUCUGCCAAAAAUGAGUCAAUAUGAAGUUGACAUUCAAGAUGUCAAGGUUAAGGUAUGUGCAGCUGAUCAAGCUGUUCUGAUUGAUACUGAAGUUUCUGAGUUAAAGUCUGCUAUUACACACAAGCAGUGGCGUCUUGUAGCUCUUGAUCUUAAGUUUGAUCGCAGUGAAGCUGCAUUGUUAAUUGUGUAUGUUGGGAGUCAGUGUCUUACAAUUCAGUUAGGGUACUUGGACUCUUUACCUGAAAGCCUAGAAAGGUUCAAGUUCAACAUGCAAGAACUGUACAAACGUUAUUUAAAAUGCAAGAGUAGGGUUGAGAUUGGCUAUUUGGCUGCGAGGGUUCUAACGAAUCCUGAUCUUGUGCAGGGACAUGGAUUUGAAAAUUUAGCUAACAUAGUUGGGAUGAAAAUUCAGCAAUCAACUAUUGAUUGCACCAAGACUCCUUCAUGGAAAGCAAGGGUGUUUUCUGUUAAGCAGGUCAAUUUUGCAGUUCUUGAUGCUUAUAAUGCUUAUCAUCUUGGGAACAAAUUUCUAGACAUGGUUUAAGAUUUCAUUAGGGUUCAUGUGAAAUGUAAUUUGGGUUUGCUUGCUUCUUUCUGUUUUCCACUUUGUCCUGCUUUCUAAUAUAUGCUUAGUUCUUCUUCUCAUUGAUUUCGUUGCCACACUUUAUCCUGCCUUGUUUAGUAGUAGUUCAUGUAACUCCUGCAAUACAUGAUUCAGUUUAUG